CAGCCAUCAGCCGCAUCAUCGAGUCGCGUUCCAUCGAAUCUAGCGACGGCGCCAUCGAAAGGCAUCAAAUUACGUGUCGCUCCCCCUCCAUUGCCUCUGGCGCCAUCAGUAGGCGCACAUAUGAGCAGCCCCGACGCCGUUAUUCGCAUCGCAUAAGCGCAGUGCGCCGUGCUUGACCUACGUACCCCUGUCCGCGUAACACUCCCCCAACCGGCGCCCACGCACAACCUCGAGGAUGGGCGUCAUCAGGAAGAAAAUCGCGGCGCGGGGAGGCGAAGGCGGUGUAAAAUAUGUCUGUGACGUCUGCUCUGCAGAUAUCACUUCAACUGUCCGGAUAAGAUGCGCCCACAGUGCCUGCAACGAAUAUGACCUCUGCGUGCAAUGCUUCUCCAACGGCUCCUCGAGCAACGCGCAUCAGCCUGCUACGCAUCCCUACCGAGUCAUUGAGCAGAACUCGUUCCCAAUCUUCGAUCCAGAGUGGGGCGCCGACGAGGAACUUUUGCUUCUAGAAGGCGCCGAGAUUUACGGGCUGGGAUCCUGGGCGGAUAUCGCUGACCACAUUGGCGGGUACCGGCACAAGGACGAGGUUCGCGACCACUACCUGAAAGUAUACGUCGAGUCACCAAACUUUCCCCUUCCUAAACGAUGCAGCCCUCACGAUAUGGAACUGGCAAACGAGGUCUCCAGGGAGGAAUUCCAGGCCCGUAAGAAGCGAAGAAUCGAGGAACGGAGAGAGGCUGCCAAGAAUGCGCCUGCCCUUCAACCCAAGACAAAACCCACCGCCAGUGUGCCAGCCUGCCACGAAAUUCAGGGCUACAUGCCCGGCCGCUUGGAGUUUGAGACCGAGUAUGCCAACGAGGCUGAGGAGGCAGUGCAGCUCAUGCAAUUCGAUCCCGGAGACGGCAUCAACCCACGGACGGGGGAACUGGAGCCCGAGAUGGAGCUCAAGCUCACCGUGAUGGAGAUCUACAACUGCAGGUUGACACAGCGGGCUGAGCGGAAAAAGGUCAUUUUUGAGCACAAUUUACUGGAUUACCGCGAGAACACCAGGAUUGAGAAGAAGCGGUCCAAAGAAGAGAGGGAUCUUCUAAACAAGGCGAAGCCCUUCGCACGGAUAAUGAACCGUGUCGACUUUGAGCAGUUCUGCCAAGGGCUUAUCGAUGAAUUGAACAUGCGACAAGCGAUCGCGCAGCUUCAGGAAUGGCGCGGCGUUAGGAUCGGCGACCUUCGAAGCGGCGAAAAGUACGAGCAGGAGAAGGCGCUGCGGAUCCAAAAAUCCAUACCCCUGGGGUCGAUGGAUCGAGAAAGACUGGCAGCCAACCAGCGCAACAAGCAGCAACCACCCCCGGAGCCACCAAGCGGCGCCGCGCUUUUGGUUGCCCCCGAGCUACCGAUCCGUUCUGUGGCCACGGCCGGCGUAUUGCACGGCGAAGGACAGAACGGCAUCAAAACGGAGCCUAAUGGGACCCACGUUAACGGCGGCAGCGUCGUGGUUGCGAACGGGUCUACGCCAACAAAGCCAAAGUACAUACCACAACCAAUUCCCGGGGUGCAGCCCAUGCCGCUUACCCAGGACAAUGCGCCGGAUCUUCACCUCCUUACUCCUGAAGAGGCGAGGCUGUGCGAGACUCUUCGCAUCCAACCCAAGCCGUACCUGAUGAUCAAGGAGCAGAUUCUCAAGGAGGCGGUCAAAGGUAACGGCAGCCUCAAGAAGAAGCAGGCGAAGGAGAUCUGUCGCUUGGAUUCGCAAAAGGGCGGCCGGAUUUUCGAUUUCAUGGUCAAUGCCGGUUGGGUGAUCAAAGCUUGAGUAGCGAGCAACGGGGGAUCUUGUCAAACUUCAGGGUCAGCUUCGAGAGCUUGCUUAGCAGGAUGGCGUUAGGGAGUUCGGAACGGUAUACCACAGCAGGAGCGACAUGCUUGAAUUCAUGAUGGAUUAACUUAAGCAGCAAUAUGCACAUUUCUCAACAGAUACACAGGCGUGCUUGAAGAAUCGUUGCGAGACUUCUGACCUGUGCUGUGUUUAGGAAAUUCAGGGGCUAGUAAACAUGAGGGCGGGGCAACGAAAGGAU